AUGGCUCUUACCCGCGUGUGCGGCAGUUGGCUCAGCAUCAACAUGCCGGCCAGCAAAUACAGCAACCUAUUCAGCAUUCUCCACAUUGCUCACGCCAGGUCCAACACUGGCACCCUGCUCAUCAGCGUUCAUUCCCCUAUCCUGCUGGCCAGCGCAUUCCUCGGCCUCCCCCGAAUCCUCCUCGACCUUGCCAACAGGCCGGUCAGGAAGGCCAGCAAUACACCCAACUUUCUCAGAACUAUCAGACUGUCGGCCAGCAAGCCCGGCUCGCUCAGCAACUUCCCCAAGAUUACGAAAAUCCUCCCCAUCACAACCAGCAUGUUGGCCAGCAAGCCCAUUUGCCGGCCCAACAGCUUCUUCAUCAAGACUUUAGUCCACAACCUCGUCAACCUACCCAACAGUAUAUCCAACCUCCUUCUCACCUUCAUGCUGGCCAGCAAGCCCAUCAACCUAAAAGAAUUCUUUGAAAGCAUCGAACGGAUUCCCGAAUGGUUCGACAUCCUCGAGACUAAGGGCACCAUCUGUCUUGAGCUCCGGUCCCCGGACCGGCUCGAGCGUUACAUGGAACUCCUCUUGAUCUUGAGCAAUCUCCCUGAUCUUGCCUACGAACAGAGGUUGUUACGCUCCCAAACAGUCAGGCCGUGGACAAAAGAGUGGCACGACCCCGACGAGGGCUGGCCUACAGCUCUGCAGCGCAAGAAUGGUGGCUGGUGGCGCUGUCGCGAUGGUCCCGACGCGACUCUACCUGAGCUUAUGUGCGGUGUGUGUCGUGGACUGCGUCGUUCUCCAUAUUAUGAAGAUUGGGUCCAGAUCCAUGACGAUCUGGAGAGAGAUAGGACCGAACAGUUGACACUCUACCUUUCUGAAAUUAGGAAGGCCCAGGCUGAGGCCCACAAGAAGGAGGCAUUGAAGUUUAAAUGGCGCAUGCAGUAUGAGGACCAGAUGCGCAAGGAGCAACAGCGACAGGCAGUGUUGAGUCGAUAUGUCCGGAACCAGAUGUUGGGCGACCCAGGUGUCAACUGGCUGAAUCACACUCCCCGAGCUGGUCGUGGAGUGCUGGGAAAGGAGUCGCUUAAGACGAGGGCUCAGCUGUUGCGCGAAAUGAGGGCUGCUUGGUACGCUAUGGCUCGAGGAGACCCUUCAUCAAUGAUUUUCCGCAAAAUUUGUUCGAUCGCGUCGCAGUCUUCGGCUCAUGCUCGGGCUAGAUCUCUUCAGGAGCGGCUUUAUCCCGAGACUAAGUCUCCUAUCCUUGCUGCCGGUAAACAGCAGGCACUGCAGCAGUUCCAGAUUUGCUUCUUGUCUCAGACAAAUUCUUUUCUGAAGAAACGAUCGUCUGGCGAGCAGAACACUAAGCGUCAGUCUCAGGCCCAGACUUCGGAGACGGGCCUUUUUCAAAUUCAGCACCAUGAAGAUGUGCAGGCCGAGUCUUCCGCAAUGGCUGAAACUAGAGCCAGAAUGAAGGCGAAGUGGUCGUUCCAAGUCCACAAGGACGAUGACGAACCCGUUCAAGACAACCCAGCGAUUAUUCCUUACAAUUUCCCUGAAGCUGACGAAGCUCCGAAUGCAUCGCCCGAGAAGGACAAGGACAAGGCUUCUAUCCGCGCGCAGUUUGACUCUCAAAAGCAGUCCAAGACUCGCGUUGAGCUCCCCAAGAAGGCUAAGACAGAUAAUCGAGUCAGAUUUGCUGAGCCAGAGGUGUCGAAUACUCAUGUAUUCACUUCACUACCGCUAGUCGAGCCUGAGGAGGAGCAGACGCCGACGCAUUCUUCGGAUCAUCGUAGCCUGGAACUUGAAAGGAUCCCUCCUCGUCCGAUCCUCAAACCGGGAGGUUUCAAGGGCAAAGGGAAGGCCAAGUCUGUCACAUGGGCACUUCCUUGA